CGGCAUCGAGUACACCGUCUUUAAUAUUUUAUUUGAAAAUGGUUUGAUCCACCGAUGCGCUGGAAAUCCGUUCCUUUCCUUCUGUUCUAAUUCCGUGGGGUUCGUUCCUGUCUUCUCGGGGAUUCGAGAUGGGUGCCUACAAGUAUAUGCAGGAGCUCUAUCGCAAAAAGCAAAGCGAUGUGCUUCGCUUUUUGCUUCGAGUCAGAUGUUGGCAGUAUCGCCAGCUAACCAAAAUGCAUCGUGCUCCCAGACCAUCGAGACCCGAUAAAGCUCGUCGUUUGGGCUAUAAAGCCAAACAAGGUUUUGUAAUAUUUAGAAUCCGUGUACGAAGAGGUGGUCGUAAACGUCCUGUGCCAAAGGGUGCAACAUACGGAAAACCAAAAAGCCACGGUGUUAAUCAGUUGAAACCAACUAGGAAGCUGCAAUCAGUUGCUGAAGAACGUGUUGGUCGUCGAUGCGGUGGUUUACGAGUUUUAAAUAGCUACUGGGUAGCUCAGGACUCCUCGUACAAAUACUAUGAGGUUAUUCUGGUCGAUCCUGCGCAUAAGGCAAUUCGUAACGAUCCAAAAGUUAACUGGGUAUGCGACGCGGUACAUAAACAUCGUGAACUUCGUGGAAAGACGUCAGCCGGCAGGAGUUCACGCGGUUUAGGAAAGGGACAUCGUUAUUCACAAACUAUCGGUGGUUCGCGUCGUGCAGCAUGGCUGAGAAGAAACUCUUUAUCGCUUCGCAGGAAGCGAUAGAGUUAAAUAUUUCUAAUGUUAAUUUUUGUGCGGAUGAGGUACAUCAUGUCAUUGAUAUGUUAAAAUUUCUUGUAUCAAUAUUAUGGUAUAUCCUGCGCGAAAUAAACAUCUUUUUCUUAAAAAUGA